GCGGCGGGGAGCGCCCCAGCGCGGGCGGCCUGCGGGCUUACCCGGCGCUGCCCGUGUGGGUGGCGGAGGACCACCACGAUCGGUGCGCGACAACGAGCCUCUUCCGCUAAUGAAACACGAGUGAAGCUCGGUGUUGAGAUGGUCUGGAUCGUCCUCCGGAGCCAGCGAUUCACCUAAAUAAUGCCGUCAGGGGAGGCAGGUUCUACCUUUCAUCUAUCGUGCUAUUGGUUCGAAGCAUCUUCCUGUCAGUAACAUCAGCUUUGUUCAUCUUGAUUCUCAUCCAGACCUCCUUAUUCCUGUGAAUAUGCCAGCAGACACUGUAUUUGACAAAGAAGCUCUUUUUAGUGAAUUAAGUAUUGAGAACUGGAUUAUGCCUGCAGUUUAUGCUGGCCAUAUUUCUCAAGUAAUAUGGCUUCACCCACCCUGGGCUCAGCAGAUCUCAGAAGGAAAACAUGAUUUUUUAAUUGGGAAAGACAUAUCAACAACUACAAUCAGGGUUACAGGUACAGAUCAUUACUUUCUAAGCGAUGGUCUUUAUGUUCCUGCUGAUCAGCUAGAAAACCAGAAGCCUUUAAGUUUACAUGUCAUCCUCAUUAAUCCUACUGAAGCAUUGAACAGCCAGGAAGAAAAUGGCAAAACAGAGUCUGCUAAGAGAAUGAAGCUAAAUACAGAUGACACAGCAAGCACUGUUUCUGCCUCUUCAUCAGUGGUUCCUGGUGACCUUGAUCACAGCUCCUCAGGUGUGAAGAACAAGGGAAUACAAAAUGCAAGCACACAAAACAGGACAGAAACCUUGUCAGAGUGUUCAGCUUCAAGCUCGCUCAGAAACAGUGAAUGCCUGAUAAGGGAGAUUGGUAAAGAUAUUUGCCAAGUACUACAGAAAGGGGAUGCAUAUGUUUUAGACAUUGACUUAGAUUUUUUUUCGGUUAAAAAUCCAUUUAAAGAAAUGUACACGCAGACAGAAUAUGAGCUCUUGCAAGAGUUGUACGGUUUUAAGAAGCCUCAUAGAAAUGCAACAGAGGAGGGCUUGUUGGAUUGUGUUGAAAACCGUGUUCAUCAGCUAGAAGACCUGGAAGCAGCAUUUGCAGACUUGUGUGACAGUGAUGAUGAAGAGACACUACAGAAAUGGGCUUCGUAUCCUGGAAUGAAGCCACUUGUUCAACUUGUACACAGUUUGAAAACCAGAAUGGAGAGCCCAGACUAUGAAAUGGUCCAUCAGGCUGGACUAACCUGUGAUUAUAUGGAGCUUCCCCACCAUGUUAGCACUGAAGAGGAGAUAGAAAGCCUCAUAGAAUCAAUUAAAGUUCUGCUAAAAAAUAUGCCUAAACCAACACUUGUAACAGUUGCUCGAUCAAGUCUGGAUGACUAUUGCCCUUCAGAGCAGGUUGAUGUCAUUCAAGAGAAGGUUCUCAAUUUGCUGCAUUCGGUGUAUGGCACUCUGGAUGUGCACUUAGAUUACUCAAGCAGUUCAUCUUCUGUGUGACCUUUCUCUACCUAUUGCCCUCUAAGGCAGUGGAUUCAUUUAAAUUGCAUACUAGCUGUGUUUGGAAGGGGAAGAUGCUAUUAUUUCAGCAGAUGGCACUAGAACCCAAGUUGACCAAGAGAGAGUUCUAAGCUGCAUUGCUUUCUCUAAGUCAGCUGCUUCUGAGCUAUCAUCUGUGCCUGUCAUUGUUCAGAUUAAUUGUGAUUGUGAUUAUUAUUUUAACUGUCUUAUUUAUUAAGAUUAGAAAAGCAAAUUUUUUUUGUCCAUAAAAUGUAUUUUUUCACCUGAUGUCCUUAAGUCUCUAUAAAAACAAAUAAAACUUUAAAAAGUAAA